AUGGUGGCUCGCAUGCAACAUUUGAAAUUGAAGUUACAAGUUGGGUCGGGAGGUGUUUGCAUGAUUGGAAUCUGGGGGGUUGGGGGUGGUGGUGUUUUGAAACAAAAGGAAGUGCUGGGAAUAGACAGGGUUGAGGAAGGAAGACGCAUGAUAAUUGAUAGGUUCUGCCAUAGAAAGGUUCUCAUUGUUCUUGAUGAUGUCGAUCAACUUGACCAACUAGAAGCGUUAGCUGGAUCACAUGAUUGGUUCGGUGAAGGAAGCUAG